AUGGCCACCAAAACAUUGGAGGCUCGCUUCGAGCACCUUACUGUCCACGAUGAGAAUGAGGCACCGAUGAGCUCUAUGCUCAAAUCCAAGCCGAUGAUGCUGAUAGGGUUCUUUCAGGUUGCCGGUGUGCAAGGAACCAUCGCGAGUCUACCCUCGAACCAGUCGCGACCAAACCUAGUGAAAUACGCACUUCAAGCCACCAACGAAUCGAGACAGAACGCUGCCCACCACACUACCAUCACUACAACGACAACAGUGCCUACACUUCCCCCGUCUCCCGUACGGAAAGCUGUGACUUCGUCGCGAGCCUCUGAAGAAAACAAGGAGUCGGCGUACAGACAAGGGCCCCAGGCUUUCUUCGAUCAGCCACAAGCCCCAAAGCAGUUCCACCUAGGCAUGUUCGAGAUCGGGAAGCCUUUGGGCAAAGGUAAAUUCGGGCGUGUCUACCUUGCGAGAGAAAGGUCUUCAGGCUUCGUGUGCGCAUUGAAAGUCCUGCAUAAAUCCGAGCUUCAACAAGGAAAAGUCGAGAAGCAAGUUCGGCGAGAGAUUGAGAUCCAAUCGAAUCUGAGGCACCCCAAUAUUCUGCGGCUGUUUGGGCAUUUCCAUGACAGCAAGAGGAUCUUCCUCAUUCUCGAGUUCGCCGGAAAAGGCGAGCUGUACAAGCAUCUUCGUAAGGAAAACCGGUUUCCCGAGUGGAAAGCGGCCCAGUAUAUUGCCCAGAUGGCCGCCGCACUCAAAUAUCUUCACAAGAAGCACGUUAUGCAUCGAGAUAUCAAACCCGAAAACAUCCUGGUCGGAAUACACGGCGAGAUCAAGAUCUCCGAUUUUGGCUGGUCGGUCCAUGCUCCCAACAAUCGCCGGCAGACCAUGUGCGGAACGCUGGAUUACCUCCCACCGGAAAUGCUCAAGCCAGGCAGCUCGGACAACUUUUACACCGAGAAGGUCGACCUCUGGAGCUUGGGUGUACUCACAUAUGAGUUCCUUGUUGGCGAAGCACCAUUUGAAGACACGCCCAUUAUGACACAGAGACGAAUAGCACGCGGUGACAUGACUGUCCCCAGUUUUGUGAGUGCAGAGGCAAAAGACCUCAUCCACAGACUACUCGUACUUGAUCCUGAGAAGAGGAUCCCUCUGGACGACGUGCUUCGCCAUCCCUGGAUCAUCAAACAUUGCGUGACCAAGGGUGGAGAGCGAGGUUCACAACGAGUGUCUGAGGACAAAGGUUCUGGCUCAGCCCGAUGA